GCGCGCGGAGCUGGUUCUGGCGUUAGGCUUAACCGGGUGGGCGGGCGGUCGUCGGGAAUAACACUUGAUAUCUUGUGAUAAGGUGCACUCACCCGAAAGCGGCUAGUGUCCGCCGGUUUCUCUCGUCUUGCCGGUCGCACCGGGGCAAAAAUUUGGUUCGUCACUGGCCUUGUUCCGGGGUGAGAAGCACGAGAAGCGGGAGCCCAUGUGAGAGAUGUGAGCGCCCCGUUCGAAGGAAUCAACACCAACAUCGAUUGGAGAAGAAAGAAGAAGCAGACAUGGAGCACAGCAUUGGUCCAUCCCCAAAAGACUCUUCGGCCGAACGCCGAACUCUGGACAAGUUCGUGGAGCACAAUGGUACCCGUGUGCCUCCGGAAGGCAGCGCCAGCUCCAAACCACACCAGCAAAAUAGUAAGCACGACUUAAGCAAGUGCAAGUCAAAGGCAGCCGGUCAAGGGACAGCGCACGGGAAGCCUCAGUCGGCCGAACUAAGCGUCGAAAUGGCUCCGGAGGACAGCGGAACAGCUUCCCUGUUGCCGUACCAAGUAGUUGAAGUCUCACUGAAAUCGGCCGAAGAGGACGCAGACGUACAAUCUUCGAGCUCCGACUUCGUCGAGUGGACGCCACCUGUUGACACGGGUAUGAGCGUCUUGGCUCGAGAGGCGCAGGAAACAGCUGCUUUGGAGGGAUCCCGAUGUUCUCAGACGGAAGGACCACGUCCUGCAGCGGAUUCGGCUGUGGAUCCGCCUUCAGCAACCCAGAUGUCGAAGCUGACCUCGGGACCGUCGGUUGAGGACCCCGACGCCAGCGAAAGCCGGAAGAAGGGCAUCGUGAGCAGCCCGAUCCGCAAGCCAGUGGUCCGCUUCGGCUCCGCCACUGUGCAUGAGAUCACGGCGCUCACGCUGUCUCAUUUUACGCGGGCGGCACGCAGCGGCGGAGACCACCUCUACCAGCUGCUGGGCGUGGCGGGUGUGUUCGCCAUGCUGUGGUUCACCACGCUCGUGUACCUGGCCCUGAGCAGGCGCAGCGUGCACUACGCGGCAAGGCCUGCGCCUUCCUGCGACUUCUCGCAGCAGUGCAGGAGCGCGAGGGAGAGCCUCGAAGCCCUGAUGGACCAGGCGACCGAGCCGUGCGCCGAUUUCCACCGACACGUCUGCAAGAAGUGGAUGCUCGAGCACGACUCAGACAUGGUCACCAGUGCCACAAGGAGGUCCCUAAACAUCACCAGAGACAUGCUUUUGCACAGCGGUGGGAAGUCGGUGGUAGCCAUUCCCGAAGCGUUUCGGCAGUUCUACAGCGCCUGUUAUCAUUUCCUCGGGUCACAAUCGGCGCCGUCUCCUUCUGCUAUCUUGGAACCCUUGAAAGAACACACAGCUAUCUUGGACAUGAAAAAUUUCUCGCAGCUCUUGGAACGCACGAUCCAGCUUUCUCUCGGCUGGGGCGUGCACGUGCUCUUCAAGCUUGGCCUCGUCAAAAGCGCAGACAAGAUACGCCUGGUACUCUCCGCAGCUCAAAGUCUCCAGCAGAAACUUCAUCCAGGAGGUGACCUGCGACGCGUUAGCGAGCAGUUGCGGUUUCUGCUUGAUAUUGCUUUGGCUGGUACACCCUACCGUACUUCCGUGUUCAAAAUGCUCAAGCUGAGCGGGGCUUUGACACCCGGGGACGAGAGUGAGCCUGCCGUCAUGCUUCCGGUCACAAGACUGAGCACUCUUAGCAACUUUCUCGACACGGAGAGGUGGUUGAGGUGCAUCAAUUAUUUUCUGCUACCUCGCUAUCGUGUUGGCACGCAAUCUGCAAUAAUGACCAGCCAAUUUGGCAGAAUCGAGAGCGUCAUCGCUACCGUUCAUUCCUUUGGCUAUGACGGGCGUGUCUACGCCUACCUUCAGGUCCUGGCAGAGCUAGCACGCUUCCAGUUCCCCAGACACCAGGGACUUGCUGUCGAGAGGGCUACGACGUGCUUCUUUGCCGGCGCAGAAGUGUUUGGUCACUCGUGGGCACGCAUGUUCCUUGAAGUCACUUCCGCAGCACAGACGUGCGAACGUACCAAGGUCACCUUUCGCCAGAUGGUCCGACGGGCAUCGCACAACCGGGCGCUGAGGUGGAUAGACGAGGCUUCGAGGACGAGUUACCUCGGUGUGCUCAGUAAGGUAGAACUUCUUAUGUACAACAAGAAUGCAACAGCUUCUUCCUACGGUGGGCACACAUGGAGCGGCGUAGCGGCAAGCUUUCCCGAAGAUUUCAUGCGAGAGAAACAGCAGGCGCAGAAGCGAUUGCUGCGCAAUCCCAGACCCUUGUUUACUGACCUGCAGGACUCUCUGCUCUUCGCUGGCAGAGUUGCCUACUCGAGAGCACUCGUAGCCGUCGUUGUGCCUGCUGCUGUGUCGAGAGUGCCGUUCUGCUACUCCUCCAUGCAAGUGCCCAGUGAAUUCGAUCUGAGCAUGCUGGGCGCUCUCGUCGCCAUUGAACUGUCGCGGGCUCAGUUCCUACACUUUUUCGAGGGAUCCUAUGGCCUGGGAAAGCACAUGCAGCUGAACAAGUUUUCCGAGUGCAUCAAGCCGAUCGCCGACACCGUGCUGACGUCUCCUCUGAACUACACGUCGCAAUCUGUCGCCAGAGAAGUCUUCUUGUGGGUGCGUGGUGCUACGCUGGCAUUCGAGAUCCUCAAGGACAACGUCUUCCGUGCUGGUGUCAUGAGCUUUGCAGAGUGGCGGACAGCCCAGAGAACGUUCUUCAGGCGCUUCUGCCUCCUUGCGUGCAACUCGAAGACCGGGCCUGGUGGACUGUCACCCGAAGCACGGUGCCUCCUGCCACUGGCGAAUAUCCCGGAGUUUUCCAAGGCGUUCGAGUGUCCAGUGAAUUCAAGUAUGAGGCAACAGCCAUGCGACAUCAUUUAAUUCGCGUGGGUUUACACUUCUUACCUGUGCUUCAAGGCUAUUACUGCAGUCUCAGAUGUUUUCGAGAGCUCUCAAUUCGUGCCGAAAAUGUUCUGCGUCGCACGUGUUGUGAAAUGAAAUUAGUGCGCAUGGUGACGCCCCUUCUUAAUUUAGACAUGUUCGUUUUUCAAAAUGUUGUUUUCAAUAAUAAUUCAUUUUCACAUGCGAAGGACGUUAUUUCCUGUGAACGACCCUGUUUUUGUGGAUCACUAGAUGAUGUGCAACUAAGACUUAUAAGAAAUAUUUGGUCUGUGAUCCUAGUAGGAACUAAAACGACUUUCC